AGUUGUUGAGAAGCAGAACCUGAGGCAGCAAGACAGUCCGGCGUUGGCCACAGGACAUCGGCCACAUCCCGCACUACUCUGGCAUCAUAUGGGGCAGGAGAGAGAACAUUAAGGUGGCCAUGAGCUCCAGCCACCCCGAGCCCAGUGCCCGGGCACCCCUGUGUCCCCGCCCACAGCCCCUGUCCCGGAGCUCUUCCAGCCUGCUGGGUGAAGGCCGGGGGCAGAGGCCAGAGCUCCGCAAGAGUGCCAGCAGCACCGUAUGGCAGGCCCAGCUGGGCGAGACCAGUGCCAGUCCCCAGGCCCUGGAGGAAGAGGGGCGCCAGGCUGAGAGCAUGGAGCAAGCACGAGCCUCCAACCCACAGCCCCAGCCGGCUGCCGUGGGCCACUGGCGGAGCAGCACUGUGGGCAAUGUGUCCACCAUGGGCAGUGGUGACCUAUGUCACCUGCAGGCCCCCAGUGCAGCUGCUGUGCAGAGGAGCCACUCAGACCUGGCCCGUAGCACCCAGACCCGGGGUCACAGCAGUGUGCAGAAGGCCAGCCUCAGCUGCUCGGCUCUUGGCAGCUUACCUGUCCACAGGACUCAGCUACAGCCUCGUGGUACUUCUGGCCAGGGUGGCCAGGCUCCUGCAGGGUUGGAAAGGGACGUGGCUCUAGAGGAUAAGACUUCUAACUCAGCUUGGAUGCUGGGGGAGAGUCAGGUGCCACCACUAGACCUGGAGGGCACAACUGCCCACAGCAGCAGUCCUCAGGCUGGACCCAAAGCCACCGGGCAGCCGGCCACCACCUCCUGCCAUGUUCUGCCCCCAGCAGCUCUACUCUGUGGUAUGAAGGAGGCAGGGGCUGGCAGCUGCUGCCAUGCCCUGCCUGCCACAGGAAUUCUGGCCUUUCCCAAACUAGUAGCAUCAGUGAGCGAGUCUGGGCUGCAGUCUCAACAUGGGAUAAAGUUCCACUGUAGGUUGCCUGGGGGGCUCCCUGGGCACCCCCACUGCUGUGCCCACCCUUGGGGUGCUGCUCGGUUAGCCACAGAGCCUGGCUCCAGGACCAAAGAUGUGUGGACCAUGACCUCUGUCAGUGACUUGGCUCCCGCAUUGGUGACCCCUUUGUCAGCCCAGGAUGCUGGUGUGCAGGUGGCCCCAGUGGCGGCCUGCAAAGCUGUGGCCACCAGCCCAUCCCUGGGAGCCCCGGUGGCCCCACAUAUGUUCCCAGAGGUAACUCUGGGGUCUGGCCUGGAGGAGGCACCAUCCCCUGUGCGGGAUGUGCGAUGGGAUGCUGAGGGCAUGACGUGGGAGGUGUAUGGCGCUGCAGUGGACCCCGAGGUGCUUGGCGUGGCCAUCCAGAAGCACUUGGAGAUGCAGUUUGAGCAGCUGCAGCGGGCGCCCGCCAGCGAGGACAGCCUGUCUGCAGAGGGCCGCAAGGGGCCACUGCGAGCCGUCAUGCAGUCCCUGCGGCGCCCCAGCUGCUGUGGCUGCUCCGAUGCGGCCCUUGAGUGAGGAGCUGUGGCCCUUGGAGCUGGCCUGGGCUCAAGGACUUGGCUCUAGGCCAUGGACAGACCCACUGGCAGGUGGGCACAUCUCUUACCUGAACGUCGCUGCCUAAAGACCACAGGACUGCAGCCUGGGGCUUCCUGCUCCACUCAGCUGGGCUGUUUUUUAAGGGCUUGAUUCUCCAGAGCCACAUCUCAGUACAUUCCGGGCUCUGAACUUUGGGACGUGGUUUCAGCACUGUGCAUAAGGGAGAUCCUGUGUUUUCCGUAAAAAUACUUGACCUUCUGUUCGCUCUGUC